AUGUUUGCAAAGACAUCUCUCGUGCUCCUCGGCGGGCCAGCUCUGCUGGUCUCAGCUUUCCCUGAGAUAGCUCGCAUGGUCGCUGAGAAGCGUAUUCAAGAGCGUCAAACGACGCCCCAAAUUAUCGAAUUCCCAGAAUACCCAGGCACUCCCAACCACGCCCUCUUCAAUGAAUUCGAUCCCGCCCUACAACUCGUCAACACAUCUGGCGAGCACGAAUGGCGCGCUCCAGGCCCAGGAGACAUCCGUGGUCCCUGUGCCGGCCUCAACGCCGCCGCAAAUCACGGCUACAUUCAGCGCGAUGGUGUCGUCGAUGCACAGAGCAUCAACACCGGUCUGUGGCAAGCCUUCGGGCUCGACAAGACGGCUACUAUUUUCCUAGAGACUGCGACCGCUUUCUUCAACGGUGACCCCAUCUCCGGCCGCUGGAGCAUCGGUCCCCACUCCGACAAGACCAGCUCCCUUCCCCCACUCAUUGGCGACGCACUCGGCAAUGAAACGGGAAUCUGCGCAUACGGUCAUCUCAGAAGUGAGGGCGAUGCCAGCAUAACUCGUGGUGACUGGUUGGCACCUGAAAUGAACUCCAACUGUCGCUCCUACCCGCAAUACAUGCAGGAGCUCUUCGAUCUCGCGAACGCACGUACGGGGGGUAACAUCACACCCCGCGUCCUCGCUGAGCACUCCAACAACCGCAAGAAACACAGCAUCGCCACAAACCCGUUCUACUUCAGUCCGGCGUACGCUGGUGUUGCCUUUACUUUUGGUGCGCACAUGUUCGCGUACCAGUUGCUUGCGAACCACAGCGCCGAGGCACCGCGCGGUUUCUUGACGCAAGACGUAUUCAUGGAUUUCUUCAGUUACAAGCGCGAUUCCAGCGGUACGUUGACGUACAAGUACGGCUACGAGCGCAUCCCAGACAACUGGUACAAGCGCCACCCACUCGACCCGUGGACGCUCGCAGACAUUGGCAUCUCGACCGCACAACAGUGCGCUGCGUACCCAUUGAACUGCCAGGUCGGCGGUAACACAGGCACGGUGAACAGUUUCUCGGGCGUCAACUUGGGUGAUAUCACCGGCGGGUUCAUCAACCUCGCAGAGGAUCUAAAUGACCCGAAGAAGAUGGGUUGCUUUAUUGCGCAGACUGUGCAAGCGGAUACCCCUUCUUUCUUGAGCAAGCUUCUUGGAGGAGCUGUCCUAAAUGCUGCUUUAGAUGCGGUUAACACUCGUCUUGGACCGGCGUUGCAGCCGCUUAAGGAUCUGGGCGGUGGCUGCCAGGGCGUACCGGCGGGCAGGAGUAUGUUCGAUUAUGGAAUCAACUUUCCUGGUGCUACUCUUGAGACCGAAGGCCCGAGGUCUGGACUGUAG